AUGUCGCCGAUAGAAUUCGACAUUCAGGGAGCCGGAGAAGAGUACACGGACCUGAGUCAAACUCAGCUGUACGUGGGAGCCAAGAUUGUCUGCGCUAAUGGAGACGACCUGCCCGAUGGAGAAAAAGUAGGACCGACCAACCUAUGGCUCCACUCGCUGUUUCAGCAAAUUGACGUCUCCUUGGGAAAUAAGAUCGUAACGGACUCCACAAAUACCUAUCCCUAUCGAGCCUACUUCGAAAACCUGUUGAACUACGGAGAAGACGCAAAACAGACACAGCUGACCUCUGCCCUCUUCUACCAAGACACACCGGGGCGCCUUCACAUGGUAGACCCUUUCCCAACAGCCCCAAACGCUGUGGUGAACACCGGGCUGGUAAAGCGAGCCACCAUGACCCGGGGGAGCCGAGAGGUAGAUCUCAUCGGUCCUUUACACGUGGAUUUGUUUUUUCAAGACCGUUACCUCCUCAACAAGGUAGAUAUGAAAAUCAAGCUGCAUCGAUCCAAACAUCAGUUCAACCUGAUGUCGCCAGAGCAGAACAAACAGUACAAAGUCGUCAUCACCGGAGCCGCCCUGUUUCUCCGGAAGGUCAACUUGCUAUCAACAUAUCAGCUGUCCAUCGAAAACCGACUGAACAAAGAAAGCGCUAAGUACCCUCUGAAGAGAAUCCAAGUGAAACCCUUCACCAUCCCUCAGGGAAACCACACUGUGUCCAACGACAACCUUUUCCUGGGGCAGAUCCCCAAACGACUGGCCAUCGCCCUGGUGAGCAACGUCGACUUCCAAGGGUCCUAUGGGACAAACCCCUACAAUUUUCAACACUUCCACCUGAACUACAUCAGUCUGUGUAUCGAUGGACGCCAAGUACCCCACAAAGCGCUGACGCCAAACUUCGAAGGCGGUCAUUUCAUCAGGUCCUACUUCAACCUCUUCGGGCCUAUCGGAAAGUUGGGGCAGGAUUCCGGCAACCAGAUCGCCAGAGACGCCUUUGACAAGGGCUAUGCCAUCUACUGCUACGAUCUCAGUCCGGACUUGUGCGGACUGGGAGGAGAUCACUUCAACGUAAUCAAACAGGGGAACCUCCGACUAGAGCUUCACUUUGCCAAGGCUCUGGAACAGACGGUAGUUGCUCUGAUCUUUGCAGAGUUUGAUAACCUCCUGGAAAUCAACAGGCAGAGGAUCGUCACCUUCGACUACAACAACUAA